GGGAGGGGCGCUGCGCCGGUGGUUCGGGGUCGCCCGAGGCUAGGCGCGAGGCGGGCGCUUGUGCAGCGCGGAGCGGAGCGAGGGCGCCGUGUGGCGGCGGCGGCGGCGGCGGCGGCGGGGCCAGCGAGGCCGGAGGAGGCGGCCGUGCCCGGGCAUGGUGGUCUGGGGCAACGCGGAAGCCCACAGCUCACGUCCCCCUUCUGGAGUCCAGGGUCCCACGUGCCAGAUCUCCACGCAUCACCCUGAAAUGCAACAGAGUCAGAAAGAAAAAGUAAAAGCCUGCUUUCUCAAAGCAUCAGGUUGGAGAAGAGGAAACAAGCUAGGAUGGUUGGUGUAUAAUCUUUAGAAAUCCAUGGAGGUAGGCCUUAUCCAAAUGUGUACUUAACUGCACACACAGCAAUUAUGUAGCAGCCUCCGGAGGUCCCUCAGCGCAUCUGCUUUGGGCACCUGGGACCACUCACCUGGGUCCAGGGACCACCUGGCAGCACCUCCACCACCAGGGGCGAAGAUGAAGCUCCUUUAGCUACAGAGCUGACUUUGUAGAACAAGCAAAAGCCACAGCAGCCUGUUUCUCAUGCCUGGGGGAGCCUGGCUGGCUGACCACUUGCUCCACAGCCCGAAACAAGCCCCACUGCUGAGGACGCAGAGCCUAGAAAGAAAUAACAUGCCUCUGACCGGUGAGGGCCCUAGCAAACCGGGCCAGGAAGGGCUCAGCUGUUACCCUGACCAGGAAAAGGCCCCGGAAAAUGACAACAGUGAAGGAAGUUCGUGUCACUCAAAGAGGAUGACGUAAACCCUCAGAAAAGAAACAAGCAAACAAAAUAAAGAACAAGUAAAGAAUGCAAUCGGCAGUGUUGAAGGAGAUUUCUAGGUCCAAGAUGGAGCCUCUCCUGCCCGGGGUGCCACGGCACGUAGGUGACUUUCGCGUCCCUGUAACGGCCCACUUGACCUGGAUGUUCAGGGUAAAUGCAGUCAGCUGUCCCCACCCACCACGCCAGCUCUGGGCUUCUCAUCCCAAACUGGGGGCCCCAGACAACCCGAUCUUUUCCAUUUUUCUCCUCCUUGAUUUUUAUUCUUUAUCCUAUAAAAGCUUCCUGCCUUCUGCCCAGUUUUCCAAAAGGAGACCGUCCACUUCAUGAAGUGUCAAGCGUUUGUAUCACCUCAACUGUCUUCUUAAGUCAUUGUUUUAGCAGAAGAACAAUGAGAAGCCCCCCCUCAGCCCGGGGGUCCCUCCCCCCUCCCCCCUCCCCGUGUCACAGCCGGCUUCCUGAGGACACGGUGCUUCUAGGGCCGCCAGGGCUUUGGGCCCUCACUGCCCCGCCUCCUCGUUUGCGGUGGUUUAAUGUGGUUUGUUCCCCUGUCAUCAAGUGUUUUCUCCUGGUCCUUGUGGUGCCUGAACUUGGAAGAGGAUGCCGGUCGGUGGUCUGUGGUCUGUAAACCACGCGGGCCCCAUUCCAGACCCACCGAACCAGAACUCCCGGGGAAAGCAUCCGGAAUUCGUGUUUCUCGAAAGCUCCCGGAAUGGCUGGGAGGCACAGAUUUGCAUUUCUUGAGGGCCUCUGCGUGUGGACAGCACUGAGCUAGGUGAGAAUCGGACCAACUGUGAACAAGAUGAAUCCAAGGGUGGUGAACAAGAUGACACUCCAACCGUCCUUUCUCCUGUGGAGGGUCCGCUGGAACUGCCGCCUCCAGGAAACCACAGAGGAUGCUCUGACCUUAAAGCACCUCUCCAACCAUGAGAAAACUAGCUCAGAACAUUCGGAAGUUGUCUGGGCUCAUCUUCUCUCCAUUGCCCUGCAUCUCUUUGCGAGAGAGUGAACUAAUAAGUCAGGAGUUAGGACCCAGAGAUAUUUCUCAGACUUAAACGAUCUGACAGCCGACUAGAAAUCAAUGAGGUGUACUUUCAGAGACAUCGCGCUGAUGUGAGCUGGUUCGACCCCAUUUUACCCUCUCCAGGUGUCCACUUUCCCCGGGUUCCGCUCUGAACUUUGAAGCACUGCAUUUUCUUGUCCUUUCCGAUGGAAAUACCCUGUUGUUAAAAAGGAAGGAAUUAUCUUUCUCAAGCUGACAUCAUGAUGCUGGCAGACUUUAUCGCGGUGCUCAGCGCCCUCAGUGUCACCAGCUCAGCGGCCGCAGGAUUCAGGUCCAUAGCCGAAGAAGAUGCGCUGCUCAGACAUUUAUUCCAAGGUUACCAGAAAUGGGUUCGCCCUGUAUUACACUCUAAUGACACCAUAAAAGUAUAUUUUGGGUUGAAAAUAUCUCAGCUGGUAGAUGUGUUGAGAAUCCUUUUCACCUUGGACCCCUCAAAGGAUGAAAAGAAUCAGCUGAUGACAACAAACGUGUGGCUCAAACAGGAAUGGACAGACCACAAAUUACGCUGGAAUCCAGAUGAAUACGGUGGAAUUCAUUCAAUUAAAGUUCCAUCAGAAUCUCUCUGGCUUCCUGACAUAGUUCUCUUUGAAAACGCUGACGGACGGUUCGAAGGCUCGCUCGUGACCAAGGCCAUCGUGAAAUCCGACGGGACCGUGGUGUGGACGCCUCCCGCCAGUUACAAAAGCUCCUGCACCAUGGACGUCACCUUCUUCCCAUUCGACAGGCAGAACUGCUCCAUGAAGUUCGGAUCCUGGACUUACGACGGGACCAUGGUUGACCUCGUCCUGAUAGACGAGAACGUGGACAGAAAAGACUUCUUCGACAACGGAGAGUGGGAGAUCCUCAACGCCAAGGGCACGGCGGGGAGCAGGAGAGACGGCGCGUACCGGUACCCGUUCAUCACUUACUCCUUCGUGCUGCGCCGCCUGCCUCUGUUCUACACCCUCUUCCUCAUCAUCCCCUGCCUGGGGCUGUCCUUUCUGACAGUGCUUGUCUUCUACUUGCCUUCUGACGAGGGGGAGAAGCUCUCCUUAUCCACCUCCGUCUUGGUUUCCCUGACAGUGUUUCUCCUGGUGAUUGAAGAAAUCAUCCCGUCCUCCUCCAAGGUCAUCCCGCUCAUUGGCGAGUACCUCCUGUUCAUCAUGGUCUUCGUCACCCUGUCCAUCAUCGUCACCGUGUUUGUCAUCAACGUCCACCACAGAUCUCCCUCCACUUACCACCCCAUGGCACCCUGGGUUAAGCGGCUAUUUCUGCAAAAACUCCCUAAAUUACUUUGCAUGAAGGACCACGUGGAUGGCUACUCUUUCCCGGAUAAAGAGGAGAGUAAACCGGCAGUGAGAGGGAAAGUCCUCGAGAAAAGGAAACAAAAGCAGAUUAGCGAUGGAGAAAAAGUUCUGGUCGCUUUCCUGGAAAAGGCUGCGGAUUCUAUCAGAUACAUUUCCAGCCACGUGAAGAAAGAGCAUUUCAUCAGUCAGGUGGUGCAAGACUGGAAGUUCGCAGCUCAAGUUCUCGACCGGAUCUUCCUCUGGCUCUUUCUGAUCGCGUCUGUCACCGGCUCAGUUCUGAUUUUCACCCCUGCUUUGAAGAUGUGGCUACACAGUUACUAUUAGGAACAAGUCUCCAGAGCAAUCUAAAUCGCACACAUAAGACAGAAUUACACCCUAGAACUGACAUCCAGCCCCCACGUGUAUACAGCAUCCAGGCGCACGUGCUUAUCAGGAGGCCCCGAGUGUAGACGGCAUCUUGUGUCAUCCUCAGGGAGGUUGAACCUUGGUUGCCGUGAGAGUGAGUUGGGUUUACAUCAGGCAGACCCUCCUCAGACCCCUGCCUUGGCUUCUGCAGACAUUCAGGGAGGAAUCGUGUGUCCAGGCCUGAGGUCACGAGCCAAGACACACUAGGACUGUGGCAGUGGCCCAUGAAGAGUUCCAGGAGGAGGUGUGGGCAGACCCAGGCCUUCUCCUAGAAAACUGAAAUUCUGAACAUGCUCUGAUAAUGGUUUUUUAUGUCCCUUCAUCUAAUCUAAUCCAUUUCAGCUGCACUCUCCAGGCUUUCCAUUCUGUUUCUUUCCUCUUCCUCCUUCUCCUUCUCCUUCUUCUUAUUCUUCUCUUCUUCUUUUUCUGAGAACAUUUAAGUUCUACUCUCUUAGCAAAUUUCAAUUACACAAAGCAGUGUUAUCAACUGUAGUCACGUUUUACAUGAGAUCCUCUGACCUUAUUCAUGUUAUAACCCAAAAUGUAUACCCUUUUACCAACCUCUCCCUAUUUCCCCGCCCCCUAUCUCCUGGCAACCACUUCUCUACUCUCUGUUUCUAUGAGUUCAACUUUUUUUUUUCUUUUUUUUUAGAUAUCACUUAUAAGUGAGAUCAUGCAGUAUUUGUCUUUCUGUGUCUGGCUUAUUUCACUAAGCAUCAUGU